GGCAGACAAGAGGAGGGGAUUGGACAGAGUGGCCGAGCUCGCCCCGCACGUCCGUCCGUUUAUGCAAAUCCACCCCCGGCCCGAAUAAGGACACGGAGGAAUGAAACAUGGUGGCGGAGGGAUCAGGCCAACAUGGAGGCGCGAGCACCGUGAGAGUACCGUCGCCGCCUCCUCUUUCUUUGUAAAGCGAAAACUUUGCUCUUUUCAAUCGUGGGGCCGCGAUGCGGUGAAGAGGAGCAACUGGUUGGCCGGCCCGGGGAGACACUGAGAGCAAACGACGACGACGACGAAGGAAGCAAAGAAGCAACGGGGCUGGAGCCCUCCGCUCAGCAGCGGCGGCCAGCCGCGAUGCCGUGGCCGGGCGGAGGCGGCGGCAAGCGGCGAGAGAGCUCCGAGCUACCGCUGCCCGCCGGAUGGGAGGAAGCCCGAGACUAUGACGGAAGAGUGUUCUUCAUCGACCACAACACUCGGCAAACGUCGUGGAUAGACCCCAGAGAUAGGAUCACCAAGCCGCUGAGCUUCGCCGACUGUGUCGGAGAUGAGCUGCCCCUCGGCUGGGAGGAGGUCUAUGACCAGCAAGUGGGCGUCUACUACAUCGACCACAUCAACAAGACCACGCAGAUCGAGAACCCGCGCACCCAAUGGCGGCAGGAGCAGGAGCGCAUGUUGAAGGAGUACCUGGUGGUGGCGCAGGAGGCCCUCCGAGCCAAAAAGGAGAUGUACCUGGUCAAGCAGCAGCGUCUGGAGCUGGCCCAGCGCGAAAUGUUGCUCUUCCACGAGCUUUCCGAGGACAGCCGCUCCGUUGCGAGCAGCGCGAUCUCUGGCUCGUCCUCAGGCGCGAAAUACGACCCAGACCAAAUCAAAGUGGAAGUGGCUUGUAGGCGAGAGCGGCUUUCCCGACUGAAGCACGAGCUGGCCCAGGUGAGGCAGGAGCUGCAGUACAAGGAAAUGGGCGUGGAGACGCUGCAGGAGAUCGACCGCAAGAUGUCGUGCAAUCAGACCAACUACAAGCUGGACGAGGCCCAGGCCAUCUUCAACGAGCUGCGUAACAUCAAAAAGGCCAUCAGCGCCGGCGAGAAGGAGAGGCAGGACCUCAUCCAGAGCCUGGCCAAGAUGACGGUGAACUUCCAGAGCAGCUUGUCUGCGGGUCACGCAGCUGGCGAGGUGGCCAAUAGCAGCGGAGGGGGCGGGGCCACGGUGGCGGGCGAGCAUCAGCAGCAAUACUGCGACGCCGGCUGCCAGACGGACAUGAUGAUGGGAGAGGACUCCCCUCACACGGUGGACAAAGUCAAAGUCAACUGGCAGUACGAGGAGGCCAAGAAGAAGGUGCAGAGUAUCCAGCACCAGCUGGCCCAGCUAGACAGCGAGAGCUGGUCGGGCCGAGCCGAAGCCGACCGGGAUCGAGAUUUCAUGCAGCUGUUGCGGGAGAAGGAGGCUCUGCUGCACGACAUCAUCAUGGCUAGUAAGCAGCACAAGAAGGCUCAUGGUCCCGAUCGGGCUCCCGAUCCUGGUGAGAGUCCGGAACCCGGUCCCGGUCCCGAAACGCUGCGCCAGCUGGAGGAGGAACGCUGCCGAUUGGAGGAGGAAGUGCAGAGGGCUCACAGCUCACAGAGUCAAGGAGCCAAUCAGAGACUUCUGCAGCAGGAGAAGAGAAAUGUGUUGCUGAGACAACUGGAGGAGGCCACGCGCAUCACCACCUACCUUCACUCGCAGCUCAAGAGCCUAUCUGCCAGCUCCCUGACGGUGUCCUCCAGCAGCAGCCGCGGCUCGCUGGCGUCCAGCCGCGGCUCGCUGGCAUCCAGCCGGGGCUCCCUCAGCUCCAUCAGCUUCAGCGACAUCUACGGCCUGCCGCAAUACGAGCGCCACGAGGAGCCGGCCGACGCCCACCUGCGCUAUGCCCCGCCCCCGGAGCCGGCGUCCAGGGACACGUACACGCCUGAGCCGGCCGCGCCUAGCAAGGCCAAGCGCGCUCACGACACUCCGCAGUCGCUGGCCUCGCUGUCGUCGCGCUCGUCGCUGUCCUCGCUGUCGCCGCCCAGCUCGCCCAUGGACACGCCCUACCACUCCACGUCUCAGGACUGCCCCCUGACGCAAAUGACAGAGGAGUACAUGGAGCAGGCGGGCCGCGGGCUCCUGGAGGGUCUGCGCGCCCAGUCGCAGCAGGACGCCCUCGCCGCCGCCGCCGUGCACCCUGCGGACGCUAAGAACCACGGAGGCUCUCAGGGGCCUUUCAACUCAACUGGAGUGACGCUGCGCGGCAACAGCGGCAGCAGAAGCAGCAGGAGGACCAGGAGGGUCUCGGCCGGCAUCUCCGAGGACGCUCUGGCCACAGACAGCGGCGUCUUCGAGGCCUGGGGUAGGAGAGCGGAGGAAUCUGAAGAGAUGUCCUACCUGAAGGAGCAGACGUGGUCGGCCGGCGAGCCGACGCAGAUCCAGCUGGGACUGCUGUGGGAGUCUACCUCCCAGUCCCUGCGUCUCCAUCUGCUCCAGCUCAGGAAUCUGAGCAGGUCCGUCGUGAGGGACGGAUACAAAGUCUUCGUGAAGGUGCACCUGAUUCCGCCGGACGCAGGGCGAGCCUGCGCCUUCUACUGCUGCACGGCUCUGGAGCCGCACACGCACGUGAGCUUCAACGAAGGCUUUCGCGUUCCCGUGCCCGUCAACGCCCUGGCCGGCUGUGCCCUGCAGCUGUCCCUGUGCUCGCUUGGCCCGCAGGCUCAGGAGGAGCUCCUGGGCAGAGCACAGGUGGGCCUGGCUGAAUGUGAGGGGAGUACAGAGAUGGUCUACCACUGGCUGAGGGUUCAAAUGUUCAGCGGGGCGGAGCCUCAGAGACCCGAGGUGAGAGGUCAGGGUCAGCGGCGACCUCACGAUGGGCCUGAGGAUGAGCACAGACCGAGAGCUCCGGAUUAUUGUCAUGUGAGUGAAAUGGGUUUCUCGCCAACCCAGGAGAGCUCGUGCGGACUGUUAUCCCGCACUGACGCCGACCCGGACUCGGACCCGCUGCCGAGGCUGCAGGCCGAGUCGGUGGACAGCGGCUGCAGCAACAGCAUGCCGAGCGAACGGAUGCUGGGAAAGGUGGCCGUGCUGAAGGUGGAGAAGGCCACCAUGACGGAAGGACACUUUGCCGAGGCGGUGCGAGUGCGAGGCAAAGAGAGGGGCGGGGCUCGCUGGGGCCACGCGGCACCUUUCAUGCGCGGCAGCACUAUUGUGCGCUCACAGACCUUCUCUCCCGGAGCUCGCAGUCAGUACGUCUGCAGGUUGUACCGCAGCGACAGCGACAGCUCCACCCUACCAAAGAAAACGCCCUUUGUCCGAAACACGCUGGAGCGGCGGACGCUGCGCUACAAGCAGCAGUCGUACCGUUCCUCGCUAGCCGAGCAGCCCACGCGCACCUCCCUGGACCUGGAGCUGGACCUCCAGGCCUGCAGGACGCGCCAGAGGCAGCUGAGCGAGGAGCUGAACGCCCUCAGGGAGCUGAAGCUGCGUCUGGAGGAGCCGCCGCCGCCACCCCGCCAACCUGGAGAGUUGCCCCACUGGGCCCUGAGGGACGAACGCUUCCGCUGUCUUCUCAGAGAGGCGCACAGACAGGCGGGUCAGAGCGAGCAGGAGCAGCGUCAGGAGGAGGAGGUCGGCAGGAGGCUGAGGAAGGCAUCCAAAGAGCUUCUGCACAUGAGGGGGCAGAGCCACAAGGAGCCACUUCCCGUUCACACGUUCAGAGAGAAGAUGGCUUUUUUCACCAGACCAAGGUUCAACAUAAACGUACCUCCUUUACCGGCUGACGAUGUGUGACGUGCGCCCCUUCCCGCGUCACAUGACAUGAAGUAUUUGUGCUACUUGCCUCACACGCACUCACACACACACACACACACACACACAAAAGAAGUCAAGAAGAGUUUGUGUGUCAUGAAGAAACUCUUCUUAUUCCUGCACGAGUGUCUUCUGCUUGCCAGAUGGGAACAAAAAUUAAAAAAAGAAAAAAAGAAAA